UUCCUAGCUGUUUACAGUAUUUAAAAAGAACACGCAUCCUUCGCGAAUUUUUGCGUGCAAAUUGACGUAGUUAGCUUUCCGUUAAGGAUACUUUUACCUAAUUGCUCGUGUAUUGUUAGUAGAAUUGCAACAGAUUGCUCUGACUGGCUUGACAUCCAGGAAAUGGCAUCCCGCAUGUCUCCAGUUGCAGAAUCUGAGUUCGACAUUCUGGAUGACGCUUCUGACGAGGAACUCGCCGCCAGUCGUCUUGCGUCCAGCACAGCAUCGGCCGAUGGUUUCCUCAUGGAAGACGUCGAAGGAUAUUCGCGCGUAGUUAAGCCGCUGACCUCCGUGGCUCUACCAGCGGUGGAAAUUUCUUCUGUUCAGGUCGACGCGUCUACGCCCGCGCCGCAACCACCGGGGCCAUCCAAGUUAGCUGCAGCUAACACCCAACCAGCCACUAGCAACCAGCCAGUUGUUCCUUUCAUCAACACACAACCGCCCCCGGCGGCCGACCACCCAAUUAUUCCCGUAGUGAACACCCAGCUGUGCGCUACCGAUCCAUCUAAACUUCCGGUGGUCAUCGGCGUCCCCGAUCUCUCCUCUCAUUCGCCUAUCUUGACCAUCACCGACAAGAACGAGCUGCUGGACAUCCUGCGCACACGCGCUGUCCUCAUCCUGGGCGAGAUCCCGCCGGGCUUCCUCAAGGACAUCGAGAAGGUGGCCGAUGUGUACGUCCUGCACAGCAGCGAACAGGCGCGUCACCGCAAUCCCGAGGAGUUCAACAACGCCUUGGGAAUCUUCCUCAGCCUGAUGGAGGAUGCCGAGAAAAGCCAGUGGUUUGUCUUUGUGGAUCCAUCCCUGGUCGGGUAUCCGCUGGAUCCUGGUCCGGAGGACACGGUCAUCCAGUACUACCGCAACGGACAGCUGGUUACCGGGGAUCUUGUGCGCAAUGUGCCCGACGAGAAUGCGGUGUGCGCGGUGGCCAAAGCAGUUAUUGCGCCGGUGAAAGCGGAUAAACCGCAGAAACGCGGAAGUGUGGUGCUGCCGUGUCCCGGGGCCAAUAAAAAGAGCUGUCAGAUGAUGAAAAAGACGUUUGAGUGGAAGUGCGGAAACUGCAAUCAGGUGUUGGAGUAUGGGUUUGAUGAUAAUUUCUACUGCGCGUGUGGAAAAGCGCCGGCCGAGGCAUUCGUUUUCCAGUGUGGAUCGCCGAAGCACGGCUGGGAAUACGUCGGGUUUGAGCCGGCUGAUUUGCGCUGGGUGUUAAAGGAGAUUCAGCCGUUUGAGGAAGUCAACAUCCUCGUUCUCGGCGAAACUGGAGUGGGAAAGUCAACGUGGAUUAAUGGUUUCGCCAAUUUCUUAACAUACGCCCACCUGGAAGAUGCUCUGGCCGACCCGAUAUUCCUCAUUCCCAGUCGCUUCACGAUGACUGACAAGAGCCUGGAGGAGAAAGUGGUGUGCAUGGGUGGGGCAAAUGCCAACGAGCCGGAAACCGGGCAAUCCGACACGCAAAUGCCGGCCAGCUACGCUAUCAAGAAAGGCAGCACCGUUGUCCGGCUGAUCGACACCCCCGGCAUCGGAGACACCCGCGGCGCCGAUCAAGACAAGAAGAACUUCCAGCUGAUCAUGCAGCACCUGGCCAACUACGAGAAGAUCCACGGGAUCUGCAUCCUGCUCAAACCGAACGAUUCCCGACUGACUGUGAUGUUCCGCUUCUGCAUCAAGGAACUGCUGACACAUCUGCACCGGGACUGCUGUCACAACAUCGUUUUCAUCUUUACCAAUGCGCGUUCAACUUUUUACCGCCCGGGCAACACGUUUCCCAUUCUGAAGAAAUUGCUGAAGGAUUCUCAGGGUGUUGAUAUUGCGCUGAAUGAAGAUACGAUUUACUGCGUGGAUAGUGAAGCGGUGCGCUUUAUGGCGGCAUUAAAGGCCGGAAUUCAAUUCAACGACACGGAAACGCAGAAUUUCUUUAACAGCUGGGAGAAAUCGGUGGAAGAAACAGAACGCCUUUUGAAAUUUGUUGCCUCCCGAACCCCACAUAUCUUACAGAAUACCAUCUCUUUGAACGAGGCACGCCGGAUGAUUCUGUCGUUUACGGAACCGCUGGCCCACAUCACCAAGAACAUUCAGAUUAAUUUGCAACUGGCGGAAGAGAAAGCCGAAGAGAUCCGCGAACGUGAGUACUCUAAACGCCAACUGAGCCAGCAGCUGUAUGUCCCGGUCAUCGAUCUGGAAUCCGUCCCCUUGGGGUUUCCGCGCACUGUCUGCGUCUCGCAGAAAUGCAUCCGUGUCGUCGGGCAGAAGGUGGAUUACGUUACUUGGUGCCACGAUCACUGCUACCUCAAGGGUAUCCAACAGGAGCAGUAUCCCAAUCCCGGGUUGAAGCAGUGCGAUGCCAUGAUGCCCAGUGGAGAAAAGUGCAACCAUUGCGCAUGUUCCUGGGAGAAGCACAUGCAUAUCUCCUAUGAAAUGCGAGAAGUGGAAGUUAAGGAGGUAGAUGAACGUGUGCAGAAGCUGCUGCGUCAAAAAGACGGGGAAAUUGUGGCAGUCGGGGUGUUUCUGGACGAAGUGGAGCAGCGAAAGUUGGCUUUGCAUCGCGAGGAAAAGGAGAUCCGUCUAGUGGCGGCCAAAUUCGGAUGUUUCUUGAAACGCAACGCCAUGAUUCCGUAUAACGAUGCCAUGGAGGAGUAUUUGAAUUACUUGAUCUCCAAUGAGAAGGAAAAGAUCGCUGUCGGUCUGCCGCGGGAUCAUUUGGUCGGGUACGAGCGGAUGUUGCGGGAGUAUCGUGAGGAGAAGCAGUUGUUAGAGGAGUCGAUGCAGAGCGGGGAAAAAGAGCAUCAGCUGACAAUGGAAAAUAUUGUGGAGGCUAUUCAAUCUCUGUACGGUCUGCCCAUCAAUGGACGGCGAAUCCGCAGUUUUGUGGAGAUGAUGCAGGAUGUGCGCAAGCAGCAAACGCAGCAUAACGAGAUGUUCUACUCGCCAAAAAUCUCACGGGUGCGUAUCAAGAAGUACCGGGAUGAGGACAUGUAUGGACGACGGCGUGUCAGUUUAGCUCCACUGCAGUAUGAUUAUUCUCCGUAUGGGAUGCAUGUGCGCCGGUCGGGGUCACCGUCGCGUCUGCCGAUGGCUAGCUCGCCGCGAGACGGUGGUGGAAUGUUCAAUCAGCUGUGGCAAGGAGCGAUGGGAAGGUUCUGGCCGGGACGCGGGAAUUACUGAGGAAUGAGACAAAGGAAAUAAUGAGCCUAUGGCGAAGGGACCGGAAAUUGAAUUGCGCUUCUCACGCAGAAACCGUGUUUGUGGAAUGGCGUAGAUCAGAGCGUUGGUUAAUCUUUUACUGAAUAUUAAUAAUUGUGUCUUUCGUUGAGGAUUAUAAUUGUGUGCUGCAUCAAUUUCCGGUUAAAAUGGUUGUGAUUAUGUUACCAAAUUUGUGCAAUCUGUGUUUUUUUGUAAAUUUUCUAAAAUAAUAUUUAAAUAAUAUUUGAAAUGUACGGUAGCGGUGACGGUUGGUUUCCUUCCGUUAAAUCUAUAACGAUUUGAUGAUGCGUUUGAUUGAUUUGAAUAUUGAAAAAAUAGCCGCU